AAGGCGCAAAAGCGGGCACCUCCUCAGCCAUGAGGCGGCCGGCGACCUCCUCCACCCCCGGGCGAGGCAAGAGACCGCCUCUGUGCGAAACCCGGGGGUUACGGGGGUGGCGAUGCCCACAAGCAAGCGCCAUUUCCCCCCACCCGCUGCGGGGGCUGCCUCCGCGCGCCUCUCGCUCCCCUCCCGCCUGCACGGCUGCGCAGAGCCGAGCGCCGCGGGAUGGCGGCUCUCCCCGCCCCGGCCGGGCCGCGGGGCGGAGCUGCGGAAAAGCGGCGGCCGCAACCGUCCCUGACUGCCUCGGUACCAGGCUUGUAGAAAAGGGCGCCCCGGGGUUGCCGCGACCCGACCCGCCCCUCCACCCCCUAGUCACCGGCCUCCUGCUUCUCGCCGAGGCCCGGAGCGGCAGCCCGCCGCCUCCCCCUCCUCCCGCGGCCUCGCGGGCCCGGCGGUGCGAGGCAUGAAGCUGAGCAAAGCCCAGUACGAUGAAAUAGCCCAGUUCCUGGGGCACGUGCAGCCCACCCGGCAGAGCCUGAGGAAGCUGAAGGAGAAAUUCCCUAGUCAAUCGCAGUCCACUCUGCUGAGCAUCUUCUCCCAGGAGUACCAGAAACAAAUCAAAAGAACACAUGCCAAACAUCACACUGCUGAAGCUAUUGAAACUUACUACCAAAGGUACCUGAAUGGGGUGAUGAAAAAUGCAGCUGCCCCUGUAUUACUGGAGCUGGCCAAUGAGGUGGACUUCGCCCCAUCAUUGAUGGCCCGUAUUGUGUUAGAAAGAUUUCUACAAGAAAAAGAACAAGCAAUCCCCUCCAAAACUCUCAUAAAUAGUAUGCUGCGGGACCCUUCUCAGAUUCCAGAUGGAGUUCUAGCAAAUCAAGUCUAUCAGUGUACUGUGAAUGACUGCUGUUAUGGACCACUGGUGGACUGCAUCAAACAUGCUAUUGGGCAUGAGCAUGAAGUCUUGCUGCGAGAAAUGCUUUUGGAAAAAAAUCUCUCUUUCAUAGCUGAAGAUCAGCUUCGUGCAAAGGGUUAUGACAAAACACCAGACUUUAUUUUAGAAGUGCCAGUAGCUGUUGAAGGACACAUAAUUCACUGGAUUGAAAGCAAAGCCUCAUUCGGUGAUGAAAGUAGCCACCAAGCCUACUUACAGGACCAGUUUUGGAGCUACUGGAACAGAUUUGGCCCUGGAUUGGUCAUCUACUGGUAUGGAUUUAUUGAAGAGCUGGACUGCCAUCGUGAACGUGGUAUCCUGCUAAAAGACUGCUUUCCUACUGACAUUGUGACUCUGCGACACAGCAUGGCUCAACGCUGAUGUUGGGAGGAAGAGGGAAUCUAUACCUAGGAAUUUUUCUCUUAACUGACUUUAAGGAAGGAAUCUGUCUUGACCCCUGUAGGUACUAUAACAUGCAAUUUUCUGGCGUACUGAAGUCCGAAAGAACAAUGCGCAGGAGCUCUCUGUGGGUUACUUCUGAAGAUUAUAAUUCUGAUGUUCAAGAAGGGGAGUGAAAAGAAGACAGAACAGUGCUUCACACUGGAUCAGUUCCACAAGACAAAUAAAGCACGCGAAUGGGCAUAAGUUUUGUGCGUAUUUAUGUAUUUUUGUAAGAAAGAGCAUUGUUUUUCUCUUGCUGGAACCACCGAGAUCAGAGGUCUAUUGCGGUGGGUGUCAGCCCUCCUUGAAGUUUUGAGGAGCUCAGUCUCAUUCUGUUUCCAUCUCAUCGCCACUCGGAGGGGCAGUAUUGGGCCUCAGGUUUGUGCUUUCAGUUAGAAGUUUCUUAACGGUUGCAGCUUAUUGGACUUGACGCUCUUUAAUAAUCUUUUCUUUGCUAACUUGCAUUUAGGAAAGGACUAAAUAUUUUAAAAAGUCAAUCAGAGUUUUUCAUAUACGCUCACCAUUUUCAGAGAAGUUAAGCAGAGGUACGGAUUCUGUUGUAGAGUUAAAGGUGUGAUAACAGUCUCCCUAAAGCACAAGUUGAUAACCUCUUCCAUAAGGAAAGGCUCUUUAAAGCAUUACCAUCCAUAUUCAUCAUCUUUUUCAGCUGAGGUGAUACUUUGUGCGCCUGUGUGAUUUCAAAAAUCACAUGCAGACUUUUUACAGUCUUGCCUUGAGUUAAAAGAAAAGGUAUUAAUCCUGGUCGGUUUUUUUUCAGCUAUAGUUUUCAGAUGCACACCCAGUAUUUUUAUUUUUGAAUUUUUAGUUCUUUCUUUAACACCUUUUGGUUAGUUUGAAAUAGGAGUUUAUCAUUUUGACGAAUCUUUAAUUUUCAGGAAAAAAAAUAUCUUCAGUCUUGCUAGAACUCUGUCCCCAGCUGCAGAAAUAAGCCGGUAUAGCUCCACUACGGUGAGUUAUUGUUGCAUAGAGAUUAUUUUCUUGGGUUCGAAUGUGUUGUAGCGGAAAGAUUUAUUUUUUAAGAAAUAUUCAAACACCUGUAACUCAUUUAUGUUCAACUAUUUAAGGUAUUAUGCUUAGCUUAUUUUACCCGACCAGCUUUAAGCAUCUGCCCAUAAAGAUACACAGAAGCAAUCUGUGAAGUGUACCUGCCUGAUGCUACACAGGAGCUGCAUUGAGGGUGUUGCUGCCCCUGGGACUUUUAACUGCGGUUUAGGUUAGUGGAAUGUGUGAAAUCAAGAAGAGGAUAAAAAAAGAAGAAAUAAAUGAACAUUAUCGUAGCAGAAAAUUCAGAAGGAAUGGUUGUCUGAGUGAAAUGGGUUUUAAGGGCAAACUAAAUUUGUUUUAGCUAGUGCAUAUGCUUCCUGUUGUAUGAAAUCAUUUAAAUCAGCUCUUACAUGAUGCACUAAUGCUGCUUUUUUCUUUUUGAAUAAAUUAAAUUUAUCUGCACAGAUGUUGAAAAUUCUGCUCAACCUCCAUCAAAGCUUUGCUUUAUUUGUUUUUACAUUAAACAAAUUUAUGUGGGGACACACAGAUAAAUCAGGUUAGGCUUGUAUUUGUUUAUUUAUUCCUCUACCUAAUGCUGUGACAUAACAGGUUGGAAAGCAGUACAGCUGUCUUUAAUCAAAGCUUUGACCUCAUCUUUAUAUAUUGCCCCCUUUAAAAAUCUUUGUAUUAGAAUGAAGAUGAAAUAAGCCACAAAAGUGUACAUACUGUACUAAUUUCAUUACAGGCUAUUGAACGAGCUUUGCCACCGUGAAAAUUAUGCUCUCUCACUAUUUUAAAUGCUGAAAGCAAACACUGAAAAAAAUUAAGACUACUUUGAUAUUCCUACUUGUAUCUCGCAAAAAACCCAUCAUUUGUGUAUUUUCUCUAUCGGAUGUAAAGAUCAACCUUAAUAUUAAAGAGGAGAGACUACUGUUUGUGGGUUGUUUGUUGUUUUUUUUUCCCUUAAACAACGCUGUAGUCAUUAGAACCUUAACAUUAAAGCCAAAUCCAGUUUUAUGGAGUAUUCUGUAGAGUGUGCUAAUGAAUUACGCCAAGCUAGAAAACAGAAGUGUGCAUAAAACUGAAUGAUGUUCUCACUGGCAUAUAUAGACUUGCCAAGCAUCUGCUCUUACAGGCACUGUAAUAAGGCCUGUUCUGAGCUUUAGGAAUUGAUGUAAUUGUGUUGAACAAGGAAGUAAAACUUCCUUGUAUAGGAGAAACAGCACAAUGGUGGGUCGCACUCUAGUAUAAAAAGAAAACAUUUUUUACCAUUCCUGUGUUAUGGGGACGUAUUAUUAGUAAGAGUUUAAUAAUCUUUCCCUAAAGCCAGCUCAGAGCAGAAUAAAGCUUCUGACCUAAAGCUGAAGAAAAAGGACCAAAUGUCUUACUGUGCUUACCUCAUUACUGUUUUAUCACCUUAAUAGUACUGAUAGUUAACCGUAGAAUAGUUUGGUUAGAAGGGACCUUAAAGAUCAUCUAGUUCUAACCGCCCUGCCAUGGGCAGUUCAUGAAUAAUUUUUCAUCCUAUUUUGUUAUAUUCGCUCAUUCAAAAAGUCAUUCUUUCUUGGUAUUUGCUUUUGGAUUUCUCCACCCAUCCAGACUACUACUGAAGACUGUUCAUGGCUCUUUCCAUUUGCAUUUAAAUCCCCCCCUUUUAAUUUUCCAUCUUUUUUAACCAUUUUGCAUUUAUUUAUUCAGUGUCCUCCUAUUUGCCCUUGUUUCCCUUUUGAAAAGCUUGUCCUAUGUUUUCUGCUGCCUCCUUCUGUUUCCGAUACUACAUCUGAGGAGUGCUGUUUCCAGUCUAUGUGCAUUUGGUCUGACCACCACCUCAAGCAAUUUUGCUCUUACUCUAGUUUAAGUAGCAGCUUUAGGUACCAGGCAGACUGUCCUCAAAUUCCCACACUGUGUUGUAACAGAGGAGCAUCGUGGUGCUCAUCUUCAUUCCCUUGGUUUGAAAUGCAGGUCGUUCCUGCAGGCUGGGAACCUUCACAGAGCAGAGCACUAGCGCAGUGCAGUUGCUCCGCUAUUGAGAGUAGAGUCGCACAAAGGACUAAGUUAAGAGUGCAUUUGUGCUACUAGAAAAUAGGCAUAGCCGGUGUUAGGAAUUUAGCUGUUAGAGCGGUCUCUCUCAUUAAGGAGACGUGCUUUCUGCGAGUCCAUGCCUAGCUUGCGCAGCACUUCUGCAAGAAGGUCCGUUGAAGUCAAAGGUUUAGCUUUCCUCCUGUGCCAAAAUCCGCUUGGCUCGGAAGGGAAAAGGUGGCUGGCUCCCCGUUUUCAAACCAUACUCGUCCUGGCAAAAGCUUGUACAUCCUACAGGUUGUUCUUAUUUUCCAGACUUGAUUGCGAGUCCUCAAGGAUCAACAAAAAGUACAAAGAAUUGAACUCGAAUCUUCCUUUUACUUCAGCUGAAGUAGUCUCACUAUUUAGAUAGAUUCUGAA